AAAUUAUCCAAUUAAAAUCAUUUAUAAGCAUUAAAUUUUUUCGUAAAAUUAAUCAUUCUACUUGUUAUUUAAACUUAUUCUCAAUAUAAUCAAGAACUUUUCACGUUCAUUUUCGUGAUUUUAUUUCUCGAAUUAACAGUCGAUCGACACGCUAACGAUUCAUAAAGAAAGACACCAAUUUAAACGCUCCGAAUAUCGUCGUAACCAUGGCAACGAUUUUAAGGAAAACAGUCGAUCCUUUUGCCUGCCUCUCGUACAGUACACACGUGCCACAAGUUGACGUCGAAAAAGAAACCGUACCAAUGCACAGAUACACGAUAUCCGGCAAAAUUGGCGAGGGAGCCCACGGGGUAGUGCUCAAGGGUCUGGACAAAUCGAGCUCGACCCCGAGACCGGUCGCCCUCAAGCGCAUUCUCCUCAAGAGAAUCGACGACGGUAUACCCAUAUCCGUACUUCGCGAGGUCAAAACACUGCAGCGACUGAAGCAUCCAUACAUCGUGGAGCUGUUGGAUGCAUUUCCGGCUGGCCUGGACUUCGUCAUGGUGUUCGAGUACAUGCCCUCGGGACUGUGGGAGCUGCUCAAGGACUACGACAGGCCACUGACGGAUUCCCAGAUCAAAACGUACAUGCGAAUGCUCCUCGAAGGCGUCGCUUACAUGCAUUCGAAUAAUAUCAUGCACAGAGAUCUGAAACCGGCGAAUCUGCUGAUACGCGAGGACGGCGUGCUGACCAUCGCCGAUUUCGGCCUUGGCCGACUCAUGUGGCAGGACAUAAGUCGGCCGUACUCGCAUCAGGUCGCUACCAGGUGGUACCGUGCGCCUGAGCUGCUCUACGGGGCGAGGUUCUACACCGCCGCCGUCGACAUGUGGGCGGUCGGCUGCAUCUUCGGCGAGAUGCUCAACAACUCGCCGAUUUUUCCCGGCGAGAGCGACAUCGAGCAGUUGGCCAUCGUGCUGAGCCAUCUGGGCUCGCCCACCGCCGAGUCCUGGCCCGAGUUAAGCUCGCUGCCCGAUUACAACAAGAUCACCUUUCCGUAUCACAAGGGCGUGCUCUGGGAGCGGAUGAUCAGCGACGCCCAGCCCGAGGCCAUCGAGCUCAUCAAGGCCAUCCUCAUUUACGACUCGUCCAAGCGUCUGACUGCCCAACAGGCACUUCGAUACGACUACUUUUACAGCAAGCCUUAUCCGUGCCUCGAGUCCGAGCUCGUCAAACCCCCGAGCGACCAUCGCGCGCGCCUCAAGCCCAAGGAAGUGGAGACCGAUCUCAAACCCUCGGCUCUUUUCAAGAAUUUAUCCAGCAUCCUGUGAAUGUCUCCUCUAUUAUGGUGUACAUAAUGUUCAUUUCGUGCAAUUUAUUGUAAAUAUAAAAUACGAAUUAAUUUAUACAAUAGUACCGAUGUUUUAAUACCGAUUAUGUGUGAAAGCAUGAAAAAUAAUUUAUAUUACAACUUCUACGCAUUUCUCGACAUUUAUGCAAAUAAAGUUUGGAUGAACGAGUCACACAAAAAUUAGUAAGAUUUAUGGAAAUUUCUUCAAAAAAAGCAAAAGCUGUUUGGGAGAAAACAUGUUUCAUUUUGAUUUCGGUGCGCAAAGUCAUACUUUUGAAAUCGGCUCGAUCGGUAAUUUACCAUGAAACGCGCGUUGGGACUUGCUGUGCAAAUUUUCUAGAAACUUCUCUAACAUUCGCGUUUGCGGAAAUUCGCGAGCUCAGCGCUUCCAAAGUCCACGCAGCACGACUGUCGUGCCGCGACAUCUGUUUCCAGAAAGUUUCAC